AUGUGGUGGUUAUUUGUGCACGCAGCAAUCUGCGUCAGCUACCUCGCAUCUGCUCUAUCGGCAUGGUACCCGAAAAAACUGCCAGCUUUACGUAAUGCAUCUGCUUUUGGGCACUUAUUGUUCGGAGUCUUCCUAUUCAUUGCACCGGGCUAUUUCCUCGGAAUCACGGUGCAAGGCCACUUCAACACUCUGCAUUCGUUCUUGCAGGCUUACUCUGCACCAUUUCAUUUAGCUCUCGCUUAUUUCCUGUUGUCGCCGGCCGGAUUCCCUUAUGAAAAACCCUUUGUCUUACAGCAAGCAUUCUGUGCUCUACUAUCAUUGCUAACAAGGCUUCUAACUGCUUGGCAUCUCACUGAGAAAUCCACUCGUGGACUACUUAUAUCGGACCAUUUCAUUUUGUGUGCUUUCCUCACUGACGGGGCGUGGCUCAUCUGCGAAAGCGUAAAACUUUUCACAUACGAGAAAACUAACCAGGAUGAAAUCGACCAAAUGUGCAAAAGGACAACGCUUUGGUUGGAGGGCAAGGGCUCAUUCUACUUGGAAAAUGCGUUCUACGUUGAUACCGCCAUCAGUCUUCUCAUGGCGUUCACCCAUUUCGCUUUUCCUCAGCACAUUCUGAAAAUAGUGAUAACCUCCGAAUACCUUCUGGACUCGCAUCACAUUAUGUGGUGCCGUAUGUUUGGCUGCCUUAGCCUGCUCCCAGCCUUGUGUUCACUGUCGGCUCGUUAUCUCCCACCUCACGUCCAAACACACUACCUCGCCAGUCGCCUACUUGCCCAGGUUAUGGUGUUCCUUUUGAAUGUUUUCGGCCAUUGGUAUCUUGGAAUCUUCUCACCCAAUCACAUCUCAGGAUUCAUGAUCUCAGGAUUUUAUAUGUCAUUCCUGUUCUCAGCCUUCUACCGCGCAUCUUCCCACUAUAAGAACCUUCCACAAAUCACUAUCCGCCAAAAGACGAAAGCCAUGUAG